AUGUCUGAACCACAGAUUAUUGAAAAUAUUCAAGUGUCUUCUAAAAACAAUUAUGUAAUAGAAGACAAAAAUGAUGAAACAUUUGACUUAGCUAAUGGGAUUACCACCACUUUAAAUGCAGUUAUUAAUUCUCUUACUUCAGUUGUACCAUGGUUAGCUACAGUAGCAGGACUCAUUAACGAAAUCAUAAAAAUAUAUGAAGCAGCCCAAUAUAACAAAAAAAUUUGUGCAGCUUUGAUGGACCGUGUGACUUCAGCUGAAGCGGCUGUAAAAAUUUUACAAAGAAGAAAGAAAGAGUUUGAAGAAAAUUUUCGGAAAAUAGAAUACCAAAAAGCAUUUAUUAGACUGAUAAAUUCAUUAGAAAAGAUUAAAGAAUUCAUUGAUGAUGUAACUCAAUUAAAAGGGUUGAAUAAAUAUGUAAUUGCAACCAACAUUGAAAAAAGGUUUAAACAAUUAACUGAAGAAUAUGAGGCCUGCAUGAAAGAUUUAAGCUUUACAUUAAUCAUUACCUUUGAUGAACAACGAAGAAUUGACCGAGAUAGCUUGAAUUCUGAUUUAAGUGAAAUGACAAAG